AAAAUUGCCCUUCGGAUGAACGACGAAGCGGAAUCCACUGGAGUACGAUAUGAAAGCAGCGUGCAUCAGCAGAAAAGAGUUAGUGUGCAGAUGGAGAGUACCGCGGAAGUAGAUCAAGUGUCCAAUGGGACAGAAUACAGCCACAGUUUGCAGGUGAAAGUGCAGCAAUCAACAGAGCUCUUCCGCCGGGCCUUUCGUGACUACCCUCCUGAGCGGAUUUUUCUCUCCUUCAAUGGUGGCAAAGACUGCACGGUACUUCUGCACAUGGUGAUAAAAUUCCUAGAGCGUGAAGGCAUCUCAGUGAAUAGACUCCCCUGCUGGUACUUUCAACCACACGAUCCAUUCGCUGAAGUUGAGGAAUUUGUGAUAUUCUGCGAGACAUACUAUGGGAUUGAAAUUAAGCAUGUCCGUGGAACAAUACGGGAGGCCUUAGGGAAAAUAUGCAAUAGCUCAUCGGAUGGGGAGAAAUUUGAGGCAUGCUUCAUGGGGAGUCGUCGAACGGAUCCCUAUUGCAGUGAUUUGGACUACUUUCAGAAAACGGAUGCCGGCUGGCCGGAUUUGAUGCGCAUCAGCCCUUUGCUGGAUUGGACGUGCAAUGAUGUGUGGGAAUAUUUGCAGAAGAAUCACGUACCCUACUGCAAACUCUAUGAUGUUGGCUACACAUCCCUGGGUGGCCGUGGGAAUACAACACCCAAUCCGAAUUUGCGCUACGUUGACCCCAAAACGGGAGAAAUCAAAUACUAUCCCGCUUACUGUCUCCGGAACGAUGGCAUGGAGCGUGCUGGACGCAGCUGAUUCCCCAUUUCACUUUCAUUUUCUCUCUAUCUGUGUUUUAAGUAUUAGCGCGCCCCCAUGCAUGAGGUGAUAUGAUCUCAUUUGGGGUGCAGAGCAGACACGAAUAAAUCUUAGAGAUUUUUACCAAAA